UGUCACCCUUCAGUGACAAGAGAGAGAGAGCUCAGGCCACUCUCUCUGUGCCCUUGGCGGACUCCUGUAUUUUCUCAGGCUUGUCUCCUUGCAGUAUGACCACCAAACUAUGGACAGAGGAGCAGUUCAACUGCCCCGUAUGUCUGGAUUUACCUAAGGACCCAGUGACUAUCCCAUGUGGGCAUAGUUACUGUAUGGAAUGCAUCAAGGACUACUGGGAGAAGGAUGACCACAUUGGCAUCUAUAGUUGUCCCCAGUGCAGACAGACCUUCUGCCCCAAGCCGGCCAUCUCCCGAAACACCAUGCUGGCGGAGGCGGUGGAGCAGCUGAAGAAUGGAGGCCCCAACUCGUUUUCCCAGGCGGUCGUGCGGUCGUCCCUGGAGGUGCCUUGUGACGUGUGCCAGGACAAGAAGCUGCCAGCCGUGAAGUCCUGCCUGGUGUGUCUGGCCUCGUACUGCGAGGAGCACAUCAGGCCACAUUACCAGUCGGCCGCCCUCAAGAAGCACGAGCUCAUUGGUGCCACUGGGCAGCUGGACCAGAAGAUCUGCUCGGAGCACAAGUACCUGCAGGAGUUCUACUGUCGCACCGACCAGAAAUUUAUCUGCUGGCUCUGUACUAGCAACCAUCACAAGGGCCAUGACACGGUCUCCACCAAAACAGAAAGAACGGAGAAACAGAAGCGACUGGUUGAAGUGCAGACAGAAAUACAGCAGAGGAUCCAGGAGAGACAAAAAGAGCUGAAGGACCUGAAAAAAGUAGCAGACUCAUUCAAACGCUCAACCGAGAAGGUCAUUGGGGAGAGUGAGGACACCCUGACAGAGCUGAUCCACUCCAUCGAGAGGAUGCGCACGCUGGUGAACGAAAUCCUCAGCACCAAAGGACAGGAGAAAGUGAGCGCGGCAGAAGAAGUCAUUGAGCAGCUGGAGAAGGAGAUCACCGAUCUUAAGAAAAGAGAUAGUGAGCUUCGACAGCUGGCCUGUUCAGAGGAUCACAUCCAUUUCUUGGAGACCUACCCGUCAUACUGUGAGUCUCCUGAGGCUGGAGACCUACUCAGUGUCACUGCCCAUCCUGAAGCCUCAUUUGAACCUGUUGGGACGGCUGUGAUUGAGCUAAGAGAGAGACUGGAGGACAUCUGCACGGGGGAACUGGGCAAGAUCUCCAAGACAGUGAAUGACACUCUGCUGUUUACAUUGGGAGACAGCGCCAGAGCCAAUAGAGGUGCAGGAACCAGGUUCAAAGCAGAUCUUUUAAAAAUAUUUAGUGUUCUGGGGCCUAAGAACACAGAGAGACGAGAACGAACAAUGCCCUCUCUUGGAAUAAGAACCACUGAAAAGCGUGGACAAGUUUUCAAUCUGCGGACUUCAGGCAUCAGAAACAGGGACGAGCCUUCGAGAUUUGAAAGAGCCUCAGUGAACUCUUCUGCACCUAGAAAUGUUGACAGACAAGUUUCAAGUCGGAACCCAGAGCGCAGACAGAGAGGAGAUGCUGCUAGACCCAGUCGAGGAGGAAGGAACAGUCUAAGUCAGACCCCAGGCAGACAGCCACAAGUUAAUGUUGAUCUCUUCCUCGACCCGCCAACCCCAAAUCCUGCGAUUACAAGAGGAAUCCCCACAGCUGACAAUGGAGUGAUAAACUCUUUGGCUGCCAGACUCAUGGACCAAGGUGGAAUAAAUCCUUUCCUUGACUCAGCAACUCCAAAUCUUCACAAUGAUGGCGGGGUCUCCCCAUUGAGAGCGAUUUCUGUCUAUAGUCUGCAGGCUCCACAGCCCAGGACUAGACCAGAGUUUCUAAAAUACUCCUGUCAGCUGGUAUUCGAUCCCGACACAGCACACAGACGCCUUGUCCUGUCCGAGGGAAACACGAAAGCUACUCUGAUGAGGGAGACCCAGCCCUACCCCCACCGACCGGAGAGGUUUGAUGGCUGGACUCAGGUCCUGUGCAAAGAAGGCCGGUCAGGAACCCGCUGCUACUGGGAAAUCGAAUGGCGUGGGAGGGGGUCUUCUGUAGGGGUGGCGUACAAAGCGAUGCCCCGGAAGGGAGGAGAUGCGCGUAGUGGCCUAGGCUACAACGACCAGUCCUGGAGCCUGGAGCUGUCCGAUACCUGCUGCUCGGCCCUCCACAAGAACGAGAAAAAAGACAUCUUGGUGCCCUACUCCCCCAGAAUCGGCGUGUACCUGGACUACAAUGCGGGGACCCUGUCCUUCUACAGCAUUGCAGACACGAUGUCUCACCUGCACACCUUCCAGGCCAUCUUUGUGGAGCCACUCUAUCCUGGGUUCGGGGUGGGGAGUGGGGUGGGAGUGGGGUUAGAUUUUGCUUUGGGCCAAUUCAGCACUCUUACCGACAGCGUGAGGAUCUGCAACUAGGCAGCUACAGUAAGUUUUAUUGCUACCCUUCCGCUCCAAAAGAAAUGAGCGUUGUAUUUCCCCUAGCUCCUCCGAUUUCCCCCACCCAGGAUGAGUUUGUAAAACCGCAUUUCAAUGCGCUGUAGAAGAGUGACACGUGGAUGACUUCAGGACUUCAAUGUUGCUGUUGUGGAGUUGCGAAGGGUUCAUGUCCUCAGGUCUGGUGAGAGACUAGAAGUGACAUUGGAAACCUAAACUGAUAUCGUUUCCGUUCACGUAUCUGAAUCAGACUGUGAAAAAGUUCACCAUUGACAUCGUAUAUAAAAGCAGACAGUAAAAUGUGAGACUAAUUGGUGAAUGACAAUGUGAAUGUCUUAGGAGCGAGUAGAAUUUUGGUUUAUGGUAUGUGCAGUAGGUAUUUGUAUUAUUAACGUGUUUGUUUUAUCACCCAGUUGUUUUUCUUGCCUCACAGUAAUAAGCAUUCUGUAUUACACAGCCAUCGUUUUACACACAGGGUUGUUUGUGCGGAGCUGGGAGCUGGGUGGGGUUGUGUGAAUCUGAUAACCAGACCCCUGGCUGUAUGAGAUCAUCUGUUCACUCAGUUAUCAGCAACCAAACAAGCUCAAUUCCUAACCUGUCUUAUAGAAACUGUUCUGUGAUAUCUGUGUGGUGUGGAGUGGGCUUGAUCAUAUUCGGACUACAGGUUGAUUGUUAUUGAGCAUUAACACAAUUGGGACUAUUUAUGCUUAGAAAGAUCACACCUAUCUCCUGACCCACGGGAUACUUGAAUGUACAGUAAUGGCCUUAAACAAAGAUAUGUACUGUAUACACCCCCUUAGAUCUAUUGAGAUUGAUCAACUGAUGGCAAGGUACUCAUAUUUUAAUAUAAACAUCAACCACUUUAAUCCACAGCUUUCUGAAGAAUGAUUUUUGUACUGAUUCUUAAACAAUUAAGACUGUUCUCUAAGACAUAUAAUUUCAAAUGUACAGAUCAACCUACUGUUUAUAUCCAAAGUGAAUGUUGGAUAUAAUCCCACCUUGGAGAACUAAAUGUGAUUCUUUGCUAAUCCAUCUCAUGAAACCUUUCAGAUGUUUCAUUAAGCCUGUCAUUGAAUGUUUACUAUAUUUGAGUGUAAUUCUGCAAGUAGUAAUAAAUCAUUUCUGCAUA